AUGGUCUUGGUUGUUCAUGAAAUCUGGAAGCCCACUACGGGAAAUUGGGUUUCUAAUGUUGAUGAUGUUGAACAAAUUUAUAGUGUGUCUUUGCAACAAUAUAUGACAGUACUGCCUCAUGAUUCAAUUAUGGUUGCUAUGGUAACACGAACCUAUCAAGUACUGGUGCAUAUACGUACUAUUCCAGUAGAACGUAUUUUAGAACUUAUUAAGAGAAAGCUAUCUCUAGCAAAGGCUGAGGAAAAACGAGAUGCGAUAUUUGGUCAGUUAUUUGCAUAUACAGCACUUGUGCGUUCAGGAAGACUUGCUGAUAAUAAUCAUUUGCCAGAAGUAGUUUUGUCCAUCUAUGAACUUUGCCAAGAGAAAAAUUAUAUAAUGAUUGCUUGUUAUGAGCUCACUAUUAAUCUUUUCACUCAGUUAUCAAAAGAAAUUUUCAAAGAAAAUGUUUGGCCUCAUUUAAAGAAGAAGAUAUUUUCUGGUUUGGAAAAUCAUUCUCCUGAUUCUAUAUGGCUACUUCUCUUAUGUCUGCGAAUGUUUCCUGAAAUAAUUGAAAGAUAUUUAACAAAGCAUUGGGGAAACUGUGAUGUGUUCUCCCCUGAAAAUUUAGAGCAUCAUAAGAAUAUGAUGAGACAAACUGGUGCUUUGCUUCCACAAUUACAUCCGUAUUGCUUAGAAUUUUUAGCAUUGGUUAAGGAAAGAAAGGAUAUUAAAGAAAUUUGGAUUCCAGUUGUUGAUGAAAAUUUAUUUGAUAUUGCUCACCAUGAACAGAGGGUUUAUGUUGGGUUUGAAAUGAUAAAAAAAAUGCUGCAAACAACUGAAAAAAAGAAAGUGAUUAAAUGUGUUUUAGCUCCUAAAUUUUCUUUAAAGUUUAUGAAUGUUUACAUGCAUCCAAAACAUGUGUUGAAUCCUGCAGCUGAGAAGAUGGCUGCAUUUUUAUGUGAUUAUGCAAAGAAAAAUUCUACUCCUGAGAUACAGAUAUUAAUUUUAAAGACUUUUCUACAAAUGCCUAGCACAGUGUUAUUAGAUCGAAUUCUAAAGAAGAAAGACGUGUCUGAAUUAAUUCAAAAUCUUCUACCUGAAGCAGUCAAGGAGUUUUGUGAACUAUUAAAAACUGUUGUUUUGAAUCAAGAAAAUGAAAACAUUGAAGGGGAAAGCGUUGCAAGUUCUAAAUAUUUCUAUGCAGUAGUACAAAUUGGGAAUUUGCUGUCACAUCCUGUAAUGAUUGGUGAUAUUGAAUGGAGACUGAACAUUAUGAAAUUUUUAUUCUUGCAUUCUUUUUUCGAUAUUAAAGUGUCUUGUGAAGAUAUAUUGCAUUGUGAGCAUGCAUGCGGUGCAGUUCCAGACAAGCUGAGAGAGUUCUUUGUCAGUAGUUUCUAUAAGUCUUUCUAUUCUCUAUCUCACACAUCAAAAAAUCAGCGAACCCCUCUUCACCAGUUUUUGGAGUAUCUUUUAUCACUUGCUGAGUAUGCUGAUCAACUUAUAGCUGCAAAUGAAAAUGUAUCCCCUGCUUUCCCUAUUGAAAAGAUCCAAGAGGCAUGGAAACACAUGAAAUCUGUAGUACAUAAACUAAUUAAACAAGACAAGAAAGAAAAUAUCCAUGAAGCUAAAAUUUUUCAAACACUUCUCUUGCAAUUAGGAUUUCACUUGUUUCAUGACCCUCAGCAUAUUCCUGAAGCUUUAGAGGAAUUAAACAUAUGCUGCAAGAAAGCUUUGAAAGCUCAAAAGCAGCUAGAUCAAACUGCAGAUGAGGAAAAUGAACCUCCAUGGAUUGGGGUUGUUGUUGAUGUGCUAUUAUCUCUCUUAUCAAAUUCCUCUCAUCAUGUGCAUCGACUCAUCAUUUCUGUGUUUCCAUUACUGUGUCCUUUCAUAACAAAAGAAGCUUUGCAAGUAGUUCUAGAUGUUAUCAAUCCACAAAAUCCAAGCCAAGAAGAGAUGGAAAUUGAAUCUGGAGAAGAAAAUGAGGAAAUAGAAUUUGUAUCCGAAAGCAGCAGUGAUGAAGAAGUAAGUAACACUGACAAAGUUGAUGAGGAAUUCAGAGAAAAAGUUAAAAGUGCUCUUGGUUCUGCUGCUGAACCUGAUGGAAGUGAUGUAGAAUCUGUUGUUCUCACUGAUUCUGAGAUGUUUCAGCUAGAUGAAGCCCUUUCUAAAGCUUUUCAGAGUAGCAUGAAACUUGGUCACACGCAUAUGAGUUCUGAAGAUAAAGCAAUGUAUUCUUUUAGGAUAAGGUGCUUAGACCUAAUUGUAACAUAUUUAAAAUCUGAGCCACCCAUGCAUUUAGUUUUGCAAUGCAUUGAACCUGUUUUAGCUGCAUAUGAAUUUGGGCAUACAGGUGAACAUCAGAAACAACUCCAACUGAAAGCUGUUUCAACAAUUCAAGUCAUGGCAAAGUUAAGGAAGUUUCAAGAUAGCAAAGGUGUUGAGAAAGGAGAAUUAAAGCAACUUUUAGAUGUCCUAAUAGCCAAAUGUCAUAAAGAAAAUAAUUUGACAAUAGCUACAAAGAUAUAUUCACUCUGUGUUUUUCUGGUAUUAUGUUUUAGAAAGCUGGAAAAAGAAACUUCUGCUGAAAAGAAGAAACCAAGAAAACUUCCUGCAUAUAUGAAAAUGUACUUAUCCGCAUUAGAUACAUUUGUAAAAGGAAAAAGCAGUAUGCUACCACUUUUUUUUGUAGCAGUCAUGGAUGCUUGCCCUGAUGUAGCAUGGGAUUUUAUUGAGCCCUGCAUAACCUAUGCUCUCCAUAGUGAUAUUAGAAUGUAUAAAAGAACUCAAUGUUUGGGUCUUAUUUCUGAAGCUUUAAAGUUUGCUAAGAGUCAAAAAGAUGUAAGUUCAGAUCAGUGGCUUGAAUUAGGAAAUAAGUUAAUUCCUGCAGCUGUAGAGGGUCUCAGAAUAGCUCUGACAGAUUUUGAAAUAAAACCUUCUCAUAUAACAGAACUAUCAAAUGUUCUUUAUAUGACAGAUAAGCUUGUUAAAGAAAAGACAAAAAAG